AUGGGCCAAAAUAUUCUCGUCACUGGCGCCGCCGGCUAUAUCGGAGGCUCUGUCCUUGCCAGCUUCGUAACUCGUACAAGCGGCCCUAUCAAUGCGGCAAGUAUCAGCGCCGUAGUCCGGUCGGAGGACCAAGUCCAAGCCUUGUCAAAGUUGGGCGUCAAUGUAAUCCAAGUCGAUCUCAGCGACGAAAUGGCGUUGAACGAAGCGGUUGUUCGAAAUGAAAUUGAUAUUGUUGUUCAUAUAGCAAGCUCGAUAGAUUCGCGUGUGGUAUCUCACCUUAUCACAGCCCUUGGCCAGCGUCGCAAAGCCAGUGGAGAGGAGGUAUUCUUCAUCCAUUCGUCGGUAGCCGCCCUUUUUGCCACAGAGGGUGGCUGGCUGUAUGGGGAAGUCAAGGAUACAGAUCAGAGAUUUGAGAAAGAGAAGCAGAUAGGGGGACCUCACCCUGUUCGCGAGACGAACAUCCUGGUCACCGAACAUGCCAAAGCGCAGGGUGUUACGAGCCUCAACGUUGUGGUGCCAACUGUCUACGGGAGAGGCAGCGGUGAGUGGCGGAAGCUGUCCGUAAACAUACCAGCAUAUACCAGGGCCAGCAUCAAGCACAAGAUCGUCUACAAAUUUGAUAAGGACGGGAGCCCUCCCGCAGUGCAUAUAUCAGACUUGACAGCACUAUAUGCUCUACUUGUGGAGAAGAUCUUGCAGAAAGAGCAAGCCCCGAGCGGAGAGAAGGGUUAUUACUUCGCAAUGGCCCAUAGAGCACCAUGGUGGGAUGUUAUGCAGCAUCUCGCCGAUGCUCUGCAUGCGCGUGGGCUUGUAGCGGAACCCAAAGUCCAAAUCUGGCCCAGCGACGAGAUGGCAGCGGAGUAUCUGGGGUUUCCGCUUCUAUACAUCAGGGCUAUGUGUACUUCUACUGGGCAACUAGUCCCCGUAAACGCAUACCGGCUUGGGUGCCAACCAAAGUGGGACGAGAAGAGAUUUCUGGAGAGCAUGGAUGAUGAGAUUCGAGCUGUUCAGGAACUGGAUAAGGUCAAGGAUACUGUCUUUGACUCCAUCUUGCCCUCCUCCAGAAACUAGACGUCUAUAACGAGUCAGAUACGUAGAUGUCUACAUCUUUCCAAGUUUCUAUUUCAUCGACAGUGACCGUCCGCUCCCCACCGUGGAGUACUCAGCUGCGAGCUUGGUUCCUUGCCACAAUUGAUUUGUUAUUCGCGGAUUCUGGAAUCGGGGUUGCGAGUAGAAAGUUGCGCAAAUGGAAUUCCGAG